AUGGGAAGAGAAUGGAUAACAAAUAUUGCAAAAGAAAUUGACUUCGUCAAAAUAUUUGCGGCCCCAAACCAAGUUAAUAGCAUCAAUACAACAUCUCCGAAGUUGCCACAACAACAACAAGAACAACUAAAUCAGUUUCUAGAAGAAUUUAAAAAUAUGUUCAGCAAUGUGGCGGGUAAAUUAAAAGGUCCACCAUCAAAAGUGCAUUUGAAGCCAGAUGCCACCCCGAUAUUCGUUAGGGCCCGUGAGGUUCCUUUAGCACUUAAAGAUGCGUAUAUAAAUGAAAUUGACUCGAAAAUAAAAUCUGGUCUUUAUAAAAAGGUUGAGUACUCAGAAUGGGCUUCAGCUACUCAUGUAGUAACCAAAAAAGGUGGUGCCAUUCGUAUAACGGGGAACUAUAAGCCUACAGUUAAUCCACGUAUAAUCAUUGACGAACACCCAAUUCCGAAACUAGAAGAUCUGCUUAAGAAAAUACGAGGUUCAACGAUUUUUUGUCAUCUUGAUGUAACGGACGCAUAUUCCCAUCUAACAAUAGACGAUGAAUUUGCUCAUGUGCUAACGCUAAACACACCAACUCAUGGACUAAUCCGGCUUACACGGGCAGUGUAUGGCGCCGCUAACAUUCCAACAAACACAUUGAAGCAAUAA